ACACUUUACGGCAAGCAUCAUAGCGUGAGGAAAGUUAGCCGGGUAGCUAACAACAACCGGUCUCUUGGUGAACUGUUCAGCGAUACACUUCUACAUUUGCAUCAAGUCGACCGACCUGCCGACAUGGACGUGGGCGAACUCCUCAACUACCAGCCCGACAGAGGAGCGAAGAGAAUCCGGGACGAGGAGGGAGGAGGCGAGGAGGCCAGAGGCGGUAAGCAGCUGAAGGGGGCUAGGGAUCUAGCCCGCCACAGAGAUGCAGCACUAGGACCUGGGGACGACCCGGACCAGGAGGACACCAGCGAAGACAGGAAGAGGAUCCUGGAGAAGCUGAUGGACUCGGAAGAGGAACCUGAGGGCGAGCCGGUGGACGAGAGCUCCGUGAAGAAGAUGAUCCUCACCUUUGAGAAGAGAUCCUACAAGAACCAGGAGCUGAGGAUCAAGUUCCCCGACAACCCCGAGAAGUUCAUGGAGGCGGAGCUGGACCUGAACGACAUCAUCCAGGAGAUGCACGUGGUGGCCACCAUGCCCGACCUGUACCACCUGCUGGUGGAGCUCAACGCCGUGCACUCCCUGCUGGGCCUGCUGAGCCACGAGAACACUGAUAUCGCCAUCGCGGUGGUGGACCUGCUGCAGGAGCUGACGGACAUCGACACACUGCAGGAGAGCGAGGAGGGCGCCGAGGUGCUCAUCGACGCGCUGCUGGAGGGUCAGGUGGUGGCCCUGCUGGUGCAGAACAUGGAGCGUCUGGACGAGCAGGUGAAGGAGGAGGCUGACGGCGUCUACAACACGCUGGCCAUCGUGGAGAACAUGGCGGAGUUCCGUCCUGGUCUCUGCACUGAGGCCGCACAGCAGGGUCUUAUGCAGUGGCUGCUCAAGAGAGUCAAGGCAAAGCUGCCCUUUGAAGCCAACAAGCUGUACUGCAGCGAGAUCCUGGCCAUCGUGCUGCAGAACAACGACAGCACCAGGGAGCUGCUGGGGGAAAUGGACGGCAUCGAUGUCCUUCUGCAGCAACUCUCGGUGUUCAAGCGCCACAACCCCUCCACAGCGGAGGAGCAGGAGAUGAUGGAGAACCUGUUCGACAGCCUCUGCUCCUGCCUCAUGCUGUCGGCCAAUCGGGACCGCUUCCUCAAGGGGGAGGGGCUCCAGCUCAUGAACCUCAUGCUCAGAGAGAAGAAGAUGUCCAGAACCAGCGCCUUGAAGGUCCUGGACCACGGCAUGACCGGACCCGAGGGGACCGAUAACUGCCAUAAGUUUGUCGACAUUCUGGGGCUCAGAACCAUCUUCCCACUCUUCAUGAAGACGCCCAAGAAGAUGAAGAAGGCCGGGCUGUCGGAGAAGGAACACGAAGAGCACGUGAGCUCCAUCAUCUCGUCCAUGCUGAGGAACCUGAAGGCCCAGCAGAGGAGCCGGCUGCUCAGCAAGUUCACCGAGAACGACUGUGAGAAGGUGGACAGGCUGAUGGAGCUCCACUUUACCUACCUCGAGGCGGUCCAGCAGGCUGACAAGAGGAUCGAGGGCGAGAAACACGGGCCCUCACAAGGCCGUCCCCUGGAGGCUAGGGGCCUGUCUGCCAGGGGCUUAUCUGACAGGGCCGGUCCCAUGCAGGCUAGGGGCCUGUGUAGAAGGAGUUUCACCCCUCCACCCUUCAUCAUCAACGUUAUCAUCAUCAACCCCUGGUCAGCGAUAUUGUAA